AUGAUCCGCCGGCGAACUUCGUGUUCCCUAUCUUCGAGCACGUCCACCGCCCUUUUUCACAGCACUGCGGCGCUGGACCGCCGGCGGGGGAACCAGUGGAACCCUGUGAGACUCGCUGAGUACUUCGUGCCAUUUCGUAAUGUAGCCUCCUCUAGUAUUAUUUGGUUCUUGUGUUCUUGGUGAUUCGUAGAUCGUGUGAAGUAAUCUGGUUUGGUUAGGGGCGUCUUAUAAAUAGGUGCAGAAUUGAACAAACUGUGAUGAAGUUUUUUAUGCUUUUUUUUGCUCUCAUAUGGCAUCCUUUUCUUCAUUGCCCUUUUUUCUGGAAGGUGCUCGUUUUGUUCAUCACUCGUCACCCUGAUGUUGUCUUAUUCUCAUGUCAAACGUCGUCGCCCAGAGUUAUGUUAUUAAUUAAAUUUAUUUUUUGGUAUGUCACUCUAUUUGUGUAUGUCAUAUAGUACCGAUAGAAGUAGUCAACUUGAACUGUUUUAUGUUUUUUCUUGCUUUAAAUUUAAUUUCUUGAUUCUUCGGCAGGUAAAAGUCACUAAGACAACAAAACCUGAUUACGGUUUGCUAGACAACUCAUAAAGGAAAUUUAGCUCGUAGGAUUCAUCUUCAUUGCGGACGAAAACCACCAUGAUCGUUUCUCCUUCAAGAUGGCUGCCUUGUAUGCUCUACUUAGUUUACUAUAAUCGUAGCUGAAAAUUGCUGAUAUAAAAGUUUGUCAUCAUAGUGACUUAGUGAUGGCAGUCCUCAAUUUGUCCACAACAUUCUAUAUAAAAAAUACUCCAGUCCUUUUUUUAAAAGUUCUAGGUACAACAAUUUGGCUCAAUUCAUUCUCUAAACUGCGAAGCAUGAUUCAGAGACUGACAUGUCUAUUGUGACCCCCCAGACUCAUGCCCAAAUUUUCUCAAUAUGUUUUCUUGCCUUAUGCUAUUUCUUGAUUGACCUUGUGUCUUUGCUGAUUUAUUCUGCAGAGAUUCAACAUCUACACAAAGAGAUUGAGAAGGAUGGAAGCGAAACAGACAUUGUUACGUAAUGUUAGCAAGUAUGCAGAGUAUCUUUUUCAGGUUAUUUCUGUUCCUGUGGCUAAGUAGCUCGUUAGAAAUAAUUUUAAAAUACUUUUUCUUUAAUGAGAUGGAAUAAGCUUGCACCCUUUUUGUGGUGCUCCAUCCACCAAGGUUUUUGGUUCAUUUCACUCCUCUUUCUUUCACAGCCUUUGUCUAAAUCGCGAUUUACUUAUUUUUUCCAAAAUAGACAUUGAUUUUAUAUUCUUUGUGCCAUUUAUUGCCUCAACACUGUGAUCAUUCAUGAUAUUUCAUCUCGAAAACGUUUUCAGAUAUGUUACAAGGGAGAACACGUUCGGAUGAGUUUUCUGCUUGAUUUUUCUUUCUGAAAUGGAACUUACUCAACAUUCAAGUGGAUUCAGCCAUUUUCCUCUUCUUUUCAUCAAAAGUUGUGGAUGGAGCAUGUGCAUACUCUUCAGUUCAUUUGCUGCAUAGCAGUGUUUCAUGCUCCUAUUUGGGGGAAAAGGCAAAACAAUGAUAUGAGUCUCUGAUAUAGUAGAGAUGCACAAAUUGGACGAGUAAAUAAUGGCCCGUAAUUCCUUGGUCACAACUCCGUAAAUAAUGGCCCUAAUUGGACGAGUAAACCCCUGGUGGAAUUUUUGUGUUACACCCAUUUGUCUUAUCUUUUAAUGUAUCUAAUUAUGAAAUCCUCUUCCUUAGGCUUUGGAAAGUCAACGCCCUGAUGCAACCUUCUAGGUUGCCUGCCACUUGAGAGAGAGGAUGAAGGGAGAACAGAAGAGAGAAGUUGAGAACCUCUGAAACUCAAAAGCUCACCAAAAGGAACUGGAUUUCUCAUAGGAAGAACCAUGAAUUCCCAAUAUUCCAUAACUCUUUUCUUCUCAAACUCCAGGGUAUUCAGUAGAGUUAACGAAUAUCAAACUUGCAAGAGUAGAAGCUCUGAAAUACGCAAUUAUCUCAAUUAGCAAACCCUCGCUGGGUUCACUGCUAACAACAAAACAUUCCAAAUUGGUUGCAUUUGACUUUGGCAACUACCAGUAUGUUGAGUCUCUUGCCACACUUUGCCUUUUGUUCACACCUUUACAAAUCCCAUCACUCGAGCCUUCCAGCCUCAAUGCGGCCUGCAUUACAUCUGUAUAUCAUUAAUGGCAUAAACAUGUUUUCUGAUACAAAACAUGAUGUAAGAUGCACACAAAGAGAUGAGGGUAUUUGUAUGUUUGUCACUUGUUUAAUACUUCAAUUUCUUAGGCAAUUGAGCUGCGUGAGGCAUUUCAAACUUUUCUUAGGCAAUGUAUUUGAUGUUUGAUCUUCUCCUGUGCAAUUGCUUCGAAUCAAUCCUUGAGGGGUAAGGGGUAGCCUGAAUGCAGCACCCCCCCCCCAACCCCCAACCCCCCUCUUCGCAUAAUUGUGUUCUAUUGUUCUAUUAUAAGGUAAAGAAAAGUGUAUGAUGUACUAAUCUACUAAUCUGUCUGAUAGUAAGAAUCUAGCUUCGGUUCAACUUUUCUUUAUUCAGGCACUUCUCGUGGUUUGUUUCAGGGAACUGAACUUCAAUUAUAUAAUAAGAUUUAUCCGCUGAGGAUUGCUGUAUUAUGCUUCCCGUGCCACAGUUGUGCAUUCUCUCUUUUUCUCAAUGAUCAUGUGGCGCUACCCACUUUCCGGAAAAACAUUAUAAUGCUCUUUUAUUCAUGAACCUUGGAUUAGCCUUGCUCAGCUCUCACCUUUGGAUUGCUCGUUUCAACAUUCUAAUGUGAUACCUGUACCUCGUAUAGGUUUUUUUAAGAGCUCACAGAACAUCUGCACUUCCCUCCCCUUAUUUUCUUUCUUGAAUGACAGUGGUACCAUCCACUUUCAAAAAAUGAAAAGUAGUUAGUUUACACUUUGCCCUAGAUAGAAUAAUCUGGAUCGUUAUCUUUCAAUCAACUAAACUAGUAUAAACUUUGAAUAGAUAUAGCUUGUAAGAGAUAACAACAUUAUUCAAGGAGCAAAUUUUCCGAAUGAUUUCUGAUUAAAUAACUGUCUUUAUGGUGUCUUUGUUAGUGACUUCUUGAACUACGCCCUUUGGCAGUUUUAAAUCGCUUAUUUUUACCUGUCAGAACAUAUUGUCAUUCUCUGCCUAAAAGAGUCCCUCUGUUUCUCCUACGAAUUGACUGCAGAGCUGGAAGUAUGAUGAUGAUCGAGGUGCUUCAACUAAUUCAUCAUGGUACGAACAAGAAUAUUGGGCAAGAUUCGCUAAAACGAAUGGUUCUGGUCCUCAGAAAUCUCAGUGGGAUACCUAUAGGAACCGAAGUAAGAAGUGUUUAUUUUCCGUCAUUUUUUUAAGAGCGAAUUGACCAGUGACAUAUAGAAAAAAUGUCUAGAUAAGAUCGGUUUCUAGUCUGCUUCUGGUCCAGUGCUAUUGUAAUAUCUCCAGUUCAUGCUGCAUAUAGAUCUCUGAUUCUGAUAUGCCUGAAGUGCAAGUUAGUUGUCAGAAAAAUAAGCUAAAUGAAUAAAAAACAAAUAAAAGUGUAGCCUCCCUGACAUUCCAUAACAAAUAUCUAAAUCCCUGAUUUCAUCAGAAAAAAUCAAGUGAAAAGCAAUGACAGAAACUGGAUGAAAGUGUUGUAUUGGAAACUUUUCACAUUUUAGGUACUUUCAUCUUGUCUAAGCAUAAAUUUUAUGAACCUUGGUUAGGGAAGGGACGUUUUCAGUUCUGCUUCAGCGAUGAUGAAGAAAUCAAAACUGAAUUUCGGUCAUCGUUUGGAGCAAGGCAGGGGUUUUACUGGUCUUUCAGCGAUAAAGAGAACGUCCACUGCGGUUAUUCAUCAGGGUAUGAGAAUCGGAGAGAUUCAUCAUACUGGAGAUACAAGUCUGAACAAGACGAAGAUGAUACUUCUCCAGAAGUGAACUUAGCUUCUGAGCGACUAGCGCUUGGACUGAGUGCUUCAGGUCCUUUAAACCUUGCAGAAGUUAAAGAAGCGUAAGCUUUCUCUUUCUCUUACUUUGAGCUCUUUGUUUCAAGAUUGCCUUUUGCAUUCUGUUGACUCAUGCACCUGUAUGAAAAUUAUGAACACCAUUUUCCUUUCAGAUUUCGUGCCUGUGCUUUAAGAUGGCAUCCUGAUCGCCACCAUGGUUCUUCAAAGGUACUUUGGUUUCUUUGAUCUGUUUUUUUUCAUUUAGAUAAUACCAACGUAUAAUCAAUCAGCUCUCAAGAAGACCCUUUCUACGGUAGUACCACAUUUUUGCUCUAUGACGGUGUGGUGAGUCCGAGGAUUACAACAUCUUUAAAGUCAAGGAAGAAAGUCUUUCCUCAGUUAUGCAGAAAUUUCUGCCCUCUCUGCUGCACAGCUGAGAUAGCUAAAGAUCCAGUUUGCAUUAGGGCAUCACACCACAAAGUUGUCUAGUUUUAGCUAUAGAAUUUUUUUUUGGCUUAAAGGUCCAGUAGCUACGAGUUGAGCAAGAUAUUGACCCCAGAUUCUACUGUAUAGUGUCAGAUAAUAUUCAAGUUUGAAAGUUGCCGGAAGCCUUCCCAGCAUAUUCAUUCCUAUCUUUUGACUAUUGAAGCAUUCAGUCCCAAAUGAUCACUUGGUUAAAAACCCGUUUCGAUCAUCUUAGUAAAAUCUCAAUAAGAUGUAUCUGAAAUAGUGAUUCAAUGUGAUGAAGCCAUUGUAAUCAAAUCUAACAAUAAGGAUUACUAGUUAUUUUGGGCAUGUGCCUGCUAUGAUUUAUAAGGUGACGGUGUUAUGAAAUGAAUUCUAACCGACCAACCCUUUUACCUUCCACACCCUCCUGCCUCCUGACACUCAAAGAUGGCUCUUGGACAGAAUGCAACCCCCCCACUCCAAAAAUAAAAUAAAAAUUCUGGGAACCAAUUGUACUUCCAUGUCAUCCAGUGUUUUUUAACUUUGGCAGGUUGAAGCAGAGGAAAGGUUCAAGAGUUGCCUUGCUGCAUAUCAAUCCUUGAGUGAAAAGCUAGCUGCAGGCUAA